UGGUGGUACCGAAGCGUCAGCGGUGUUGGCUCACUCCGUCAGAGCAUAUUGCCCCCCCUCGCCCCCAUCCUACCCAGUGAGAAGUGGUGACGGUGGGCGAUCGUCCUGCUUAGCUCUUUGUAUUUCUCCCUCUUGUCGUCCUGCCACCUGACGCCACUCUGGUCAAUUGCUCCAGGAAUAAUGCCGUCCAAUCCCCUCCGUCCCCAGACGAUGCUGCUGCGCAGCCGCUGACGACAUAGACAGCAAGAGACAAGACUAGUUAAGGCGAUAGAGUAAUGUGGGGCCAUCUCUUGUAUCACACUUUCUGUUCAUGUCUCAUGUUGUCGGCCAACAGAAGCAUCGCUUUCUCUUCUUGAUCAGUGGGAGCAGCUGAUGGGACAAGGAGACAAGACGCAGUAUUACUCACAACAAGCGGGGUAUUUUCUCACAGAAACCCUUCGGCGUGACUUUCCUUCCCGCCAUCUGGUCGGGUGCAAAACGCCUCUACCAGAGGCGAAUUCAUGAGGUGGGCUUUAGAGAAGAGAGCUCUAAUGGGACAUUGAGUGCUCUUUCUGGGUCGGCAGGUGGCGUCAUUUGCAUUCAGGGAGAAUCAUCGAUUGUGGCACUCGCCAUAGCCCGAAGCGUCUGAGUCGUUUCUUCUUUUUAACAUGGCCUCUCACCCAGUUGGCGUGUACUACAACUACUUCGCUUCUCUGCUGGUUGCUCAUUCGGUUGAAAUACACAUAGCCAGGGGGGAAGCGCUUGAUAGGGCUGAGAAUGUGUACAGACAGACCUUCUUGCAGCCUUUUGGCAGCCCGGUUGAACCCAGCUUGAUUCUUGUUCUCUGCCUUCAUCUCCUCUUCCCAUACGUCGAGCAGCCUGAGGGAGUUCCUCGUGGGCCGAAUCGCGAAAAAGCACGUGCACAAGUUCAGACUCUGGUCAGUCUUCCGAACGUCGUUCUGCACGACGAGGUCCUUGUCUCCGGGGAGAAAGGGUAAUGGAUUUUUCUGCCAGAUCAUGUCGACGUCACUGUACAAGGCAGUGUAGCCUUGUUGAAGGAUCUCGCGAACAAAGAACGACCGCUUCUUGACAAGAGCACCGAAGCCCUCGCUGUUGAACGCGGAUGCAGUCGUCGAUAUCAUAUUGUUCAUCGUGGGUCCCUUGACAAUGUGGUCUCCGUAAUGGAGGUGGAGGUGCUUGAAACACGCGUUAUCGCGGCAAAUUAUGAUCCAAUUGUGAAUGUCGAGCUGCGACAGACUGAUAGCCCAGUUGAUAGCGAAAUCGGCCUGCAGCUCAGAGACACGACAUCAAGUAUAACGCAACUUACCCGUUUACGACCCACCAUGCCACAGUUCACAGUUGUGAAGAUAAUCAAUCUGCGAGAAUCGGCAAUUGAUGAAAGCAGGUAUGGAGAGAGCCAGUCAGAGGUGAAGUUCGAAGAGGACUUGUCGUCUGCGGUCCCCCCCUUGAGUGUGACUCCUAGCAACUUCUUCAGGGCGUCGUAUGAAGCAAGCAGAAGUAUGAAUGCAAGGGCCGCAAAAAUGAGGACACGUUUUAACGUCAUUUGCUG